AUGUUACCUUGGAUGUCUUUGCAGGUGCAUAGACCUUGCUUGCAUGGGAAGCUGAUCAAAACCCCAGGUUCAGUCAACUAUAGAAGGUUGCUUCCAUUUUUGAAGAAUCAUACUAAAGAAGACUUUGGUACAUUAAAAUUUGGUGAUCAGGCUCAAGAAGCAGGUUUGUGUGCAAAUGAGCUUCCUUUGCCAUCUCAAAGUGAAGAAGCUUCUAUUAACAUACAAAUGGCAGUCAGUGGCCCAAUGCAAGACAAAGUUGACCCUAAUGCUUUAGCAAACAACAUCUUAGUUAAUCCUACUAAUAUGUUAACACAUGGCAACCUUCUAGAAUUGACAUCUUCCCAAGACUUCUCUGAAUUGCCAAUGCAAUUGGAUGCAAAAAAAUUUAUCUCAAAUGAAGAACCUAGGCCACCAUCAUAG